AUGGACCAAUUUAAAAGAAUCAAGAAAAUAGGCAAAGGCAAUUAUGGAGAUGUGUUGUUGGUGCAAAGAAAAUCAGAUGACAAAGUACUGUUUUUAUUUAUCCUUUCAGUUAUUCGCUAUAAAGAGAGUAGAUUUGAGUUUUAGAGAAAGCUAUGUGGUUGAUCCACUCAAUGAAGUUAAAUUGUUACGCAGUCUGGAUCACCCCAACAUUAUUUCGCAUUACGACUCCUUCACUCACAAUAAUAAAUUAUGUAUUGUUAUGGAAUAUGCUGAAAAUGGUAUCAAAUUCUUAUUCAAUUCUUCUAGCCGAUAUAAGCAUGAUGACCAACCAAGCCAAACAAACACAAACAUACAUUGAUGAAAAUACAGUUUAGUAUUUGAUUUAUGCAAUAUUAUAGAUUCUUGGCUGGUUUUCCUAGAUCUCCAUAGCCAUCUAAUACCUCCACUAGUUGAAGAUAAUCCACAGAGACAUCAAAUUACAAAACAUCUUCCUCUGCACCAAUGGAAUUGUAACAUUCCUUAUUAAAUUUAAAGGUCAAAUUGGGAGAUUUUGGAAUAUCUAGAACUUUAGACAAUACCUUAGAUCUGGCCUAAACAUCAAUCGGUACUAUGCUUUUUUAAUAUCGAAGGAACUCCAUUCUAUCUCUCUCCAGAAAUCUGUUAAAAUCAACAAUACAAUCACAAGAUAGAUAUCUGGAUGCUGGGAUGCACUCUAUACGAAUUGUGUUCUCUUCAAAAGCCAUUUAAAGGAGAAUCCAUCAGUGAAAUUGCUUUUAAGAUCAUCAAUGAACCUCAUCCCAAGAUCCACAGAAAUUAUUCAGAUUUCAUCUCACAACUAAUAGAUGAAAUGCUAGAAAAGAACCCAGAAAAAAGACCAGAUAUCUCGACUAUUAUCUAAUAUCCACAAAUUCAAUCAGAAUUGUACAAGCUACAAGGACUUUAUAAGACCUAAUUCAAUUACAUAUUACCAGUUUCCCCUAUGCAAUCCAAUAAAUCUUCUUAAAAGAAAAUGCACAAAAAUUCUAUUCACUUUCUUGUUGAGCAAUCCAAAUAAUUACAGCAAUAGCAAUAAUAAUAACAAUAACAAUCACCAUAAGUUUGUAAAUAGAAAAGAAGAAAAGUUUCCUUACAAUAAUUAAUUUAAGAUACUUCAAACUAGAACUCCCCUACAUUCAAAUAAUUAGCCACUGCUGAUAACGCCAAUAAGAAUAAGCCCUUAUCAUUUAAUCUCCAUACUCUCCCUGACGUCAUCAAUGAAUCCAUCUAAUAGAAUUCAGCUGUUAUGGCUUAAAGAUAAUUAAGAUAUUAGAAAUCGAUCUCCAUCAAUACUCAAAUUGAUGACGCUACGAAACGAGGCACAAAUGAAUAUGAAAAUGAAAAUCAACCAACUCUACUAAAGAACCCUAAGACCUUUUCAUUUGCAGGCUAGUUCUUAAAUCCUAACGCUCCCACUUCUCCCCAGAGAUCGAUUUUAUUGACAGAUUUUCUAAAGAGGAAGAUAGGAGAAGAGAGAUUCCAAUAGAUGAAGACUCUCUUAGAAUCCUCCAAUAAUCCUAUGAAGAUGUUGGAUCAAGAGAAAGAGUUGGUUAGUGAAAUAUUGGGAGAAGAAAACAUGGAAUGCAUCAAAGUAUUGAUAAUCCUUAUUGUAGAUUUUUAAAGUUCUAAUCAGUAGUUCAAUCACUCCUUAAGCCUAACAUACAAGAACUAAAAGUAGCCAAUCAUUUUAAUAAUAUAAUCAUAAUGAUCAGUCAUUGAUUGAUCUGAUUAAGGAAUCUGAUUUAUUACAAAAUGCGGAACACUCUUAGAAUUCAGUGUUUGAGAUUUCAUUUAAAAAUUUAUAAAAUUGCCAUGAUGCUUUUAAACAAUCGUGA